AUGGAGUCCUGUGCAGACAGACUAGCCAGGGCGGCGGCCCAAGGCCGCGUGCAAGAGGUGCGGGCACUGCUGGAAGCCGGGAUUUCGCCCAACGCCCCGAACUCUUUCGGUCAUACCCCGAUUCAGGUGAUGAUGAUGGGCAACGUCCACGUAGCAGCUCUCUUGCUCCUCUAUGGUGCAGAUUCGAACUGCGCAGAUGCCACCACCCUCUCCCGACCGGUGCACGACGCAGCGAGGGAGGGCUUCCUGGACACGCUGGUGGUGCUGCACAGGGCGGGGGCGCGGCUGGAUGUGCGCGAUGCCUGGGGUCGCCUGCCGCUCGACUUGGCCCAAGAGCGGGGACAUCAGGACGUCGUGCGGUAUUUGAGUGCCGCUGGAAACGUCGCCCCGGCCGACAGGCAUAGCUUCUGCUAAAGCACGCCCAGGUACCUGGGACUUCGCAGCCAAUUCUACAAGCAGAGCUAAAUCCGGCCUCGGCACGCCUUUUUCUCCUUGGUCUCACUUCUAGCUAGGCUUUAAAAAAUAAAAAUGCUUUUUGCAAUCACAGGAGGGGCAGAGGGAGGGACUUGGGUGGGAGAGGAAUGGGAUGAGAAAAAAAAAUUUUUUUUUAAACGUCAACUGCCUUUUAGCAUAGAAAUGCCUUCUGGUGUCCUGAAAGCUUUAUCAUUUUACAAAAAGUGUUUGGAAAUUUCAGAGUAGCCCUCUGUAGCACCGGUUCUUGGUUUCUUGUGAGCUGUGCUCUGGUUCUCCAUCCCAUCCUGUACCCCAUCCUGUUGGCUUCAUAUCAGCAAUUUAGCGAAAUAAAGUU